AUGGACUUCAAGUCCCUGAAACGCCAGCGCGACGGCAAGGCCAAGCGCGGCGACGUCAAGGCGAAGGCCGCAGCGCUCCGCCAGGCGAAGCUCGAGGCCGAGGCCGCGGCGCGGCGCGACGCGGAGAAGGCGCGCGCGAAGCGGGAGGCCAUGACCAUGCCGCCGCCGCCGCCGCGGGCGACGGCGGCCAAGCCCAAGGCGACGAAGAAGGUCGCGUCGCUGACGCGGCCCGCGCCGGCGACGGCGGCCGCGCCGCCCGCCGCCGCCGCGGGUCUGCCCGCGGGCUUCUUCGACGCGUCCGGCGCGACGCCGGCGGCGCCGGAGCCGACCGCGGCGGCGUCGCUCGUCGCCUACGGCAGCGACGACGACGACGACGGCGGCGGCGACGCGGCGGCGCCCGCCGCGCCCGCCGCGGCGCCCGCGGCCGCGGCCGCGUCCGCCGAGGACGACGCGACGGCCGCCGCCGCCGCGGCGGGCGUGCUCCCGGCGGGCUUCUUCGACAACGCCGACGCGGACCUCCGCGCGCGGGGCAUCGACCCGGAGAAGAAGAAGGCCAAGGACGAGUCCGCGGCCUGGGCGGAGUUUCAGGAGUUCGCGGGCGGCGUCCGGGAGCAGGAGGCCCACGACGAGGCCGCCGAGGCGACGGAGGCCGACGACGAGUACGAGCGGCGGAAUCUCGACCAGGCCUGGUACGAGAGCCGCCUCGCGCCGCUCCUCGCGCGCGCGGACAAGGCCGCCGCGCCGUCGUCCGAGGCCGCGCCGCGGCUCCAGGACGAAUCGGAGGCGCCGGCGACGGAGGACAGCGUCGUCGCCCUGCUCAAGGCGAAGAAGCGCGCGAAGAAGGAGGAGCGCGAGGCGAGGCUCCGGGAGGUCGACGACGCGUACGCCGACCUCGGCUCCGACGACGAGGACGACGCGUGGCAGACGGGCUUCAGCGGCGUCUGUAACAUCAUCAUCCCCGACCCCAAGGAGCUCGAGAAGAAGCUGCCGACCUACUUCCGCCACGAGCACUACUCGUCCUUCCAGCGCCAGCUCAACAACUUCGGCUACAACAAGCUCCACAAGAGCUCGAGCCCGCAGAACUCGGUCUACGUGCGCAUCAAGGGCGACCAGCUCACGGACAUGGACCCCGUGGAGCUGCUCCAGCUGCGGCCCGUGCUCGAGCGGUCGACGCUGCGGCGCGCGAAGCGCACGCGGCGCAAGGGCGACAAGAAGGCGAAGAAGGCCGCGAAGAAGGACGCGCCGGCGACGCCCGUCCGCGUGUCGCCGACGAGCCCGCUCACGCCGCCGACGGCCGAGGCCGCGUCGGAGUCCAAGCCCCAGUGCCCCGGCGCGCCGCCGCGGCCCCGGCCCGGGUCCCUCCUCGCCCACCUCGGGCCCGACGCGCCGCCCGUCGCGCUCCUGCCCGCGCUCGACGGCGGCGGCGCCGCGCCGCCCGGGUUCCGCGACGCGUCCGUGCUCGUGCCCCGCGGCGCGGCGGCCGGCGGCUUCGCCGAGGCCUUCGCCGAGGGCCACUACGCCCACCUCCCGGGCAUCGCCUUCCACCUCGCGCCCGCGCCGGCCGUCGCCGCGCCCGCGCCGGGCCGCGCGCCGCCGCCGGGCGGCGACCGCGGCGCGCGCUGGGCGCCGACGCCCGGCGCGUCGUCCUUCUCCGUCUUCCAGCGCAAGGCGCCGCCGGCGGGCGCGGCGGGCGUGCUCUGCCCGGGCCUCUACGCGAGCCCCUUCCCGGGCUACGCGCCCUUCUCCAUCGUCGUCGCGCACGACGCGGCCUACCACGGCCAAGUCGCCGCGGCCGCGGCGGACGCCCGCGACGGCGGCGACGGCGCCCCGGCGCCCUGGCCCUCGCCCGCGCCGGCGGCGGCCGCGGGCCUCGGGCCCGACGGCGCGCCGGGCCCCGUCGCCGCGGCGUUCUUCGCCGCGCCGCCGCCCGAGGCGCCGCUCCCGAGCCGCCCCCACAGCCCCGACGGCCACUGGCGCGCCAACCUCGAGGACGACGACGUCCACAUCUUCCCCGACGACUUCUCCGACAUCUUCCCGCCCGAGGAGCCGUUCCUCCUCUGA